AUGCGAGCCAAACGCAGCAAAAAGUACCGGAAGAUCAUGUCGGCGUACCAAAUGGCAUUUUCAUUCCGGGAGCCGUACCAAGUACUCGUCGACUCGCACUUCCUCAAGACCUGCCACGCCUUCCACAUGCCGCUGCAGCGAUACCUGGAAAACACACUGCACGGACAGUGCAAGCUGUUCGUGACGGCGUGCACGAUCGAUCGGGUGAUGGCGGAUUUCGAGAAGGAAAAGGAGAAGAUCAAAGCCUCUGGCGGACGGCCGAAGGGGAGACCAGACUUCCUCCCUCCGCCGCUCGAGGUGCCGAUGCGGCAUUGCAAGCACCGGAAUAACGAGGGCGAGGAGCUCGGAGUCAUCGGUGAGAGUCGGUGUUUGUUGGAUCUGCUGGCGGGCCAGCCGCACGGUAAUGAGCUGGCGAAGAAUAAACAGCAUUAUAUCCUGGCGACGGCGGAGCCGGAUGAGAGAGAGGUCAGGAGUAAAGGGUACCUGGAUGUGCGUGAGCGGGCGCGCAUGAUUCCGGGGGUUCCAGUGGUUUAUGUCAAGAGGAGUGUGAUGAUUCUGGAGGAGCUGAGUGGGGUCAGUGAGCGGUCGAAGAAUAAAGCCGAGAAGGCCAAGUUUUCCGAUGGGUUGCUGGACACGAGGAAGCGGAAGAGAGGGGAGGGUGUCGAUAGCGACGAGAGUGAUGAUGAGCUCGAGGAUCUCUUGUUGGCUCGUGAGGCACUGGCGCAGGGUCCUGGGGCUCGAGGGCAGAAGAGGGCGAAAGGUCCGAAUCCCAUGAGUGUGAAGAAGAAGAAAGUCAAGCUCACUGGUGAGGGAGGACAACCAGCCGAGGGAGACCAGACGGUUGAUGGAGCAAAGAAGAAGCGCACGAGAAGAGGAGGACGUGGAAAGCGCAAGCCAGGUAUGGGUCAAGAAACGUCUUCGGACAAGGCACACGUCCCAGAACCAGUAUCCAGUGCCCAACCAGAGGUCUAA